UAAAAAAAUCUGCCCCACUCUACAACCAGAGCGAAUUCGAAAACGAGUGAGGCCGAGAACAAGAAAGGGCGAGAACCCUAACCCCAAUUCCCUCGAUCGAAUCGAUACCCAAGGGGAUCUCCUCUGGUCCGUCAGAUCCCUGCCGGAUUCUCCCCUCCCCUCCUCCGAUCCCAUUCCGCCGCCGCCCCCAAGCGCCGUCGUCGGGCAUCGCCUUUGCCGCUCCGGAUCCUUUCAUGAGAAGCAAUUCGUGGUCGGAAUGAUGCCGGAGAUCGUUGUUCCGCCGGAGAAGGACAUCUUUAUCCCGCCGACGAGCUCCCGUUCGGUGACGGAGACCGUGAACGGCUCCCACAAGUUCGUGAUCCAGGGGUACUCCCUCGCCAAGGGGAUGGGGGUCGGGAAGCACAUAGCGAGCGAUACCUUCACGGUGGGAGGGUUCCAGUGGGCGAUCUACUUCUACCCAGAUGGGAAGAACCCGGAGGACAAUUCGACCUAUGUCUCGGUCUUCAUCGCUCUGGCGAGCGAGGGCACCGACGUGAGGGCCCUCUUCGAGCUGACCCUCAUGGAUCAGAGCGGGAAGGAGAAGCACAAGGUCCAUAGCCACUUUGAUCGGUCUCUGGAGAGCGGGCCGUAUACGCUCAAGUACCGGGGGAGCAUGUGGGGUUAUAAGCGCUUUUUCAGACGAACUGCACUUGAGACAUCAGAUUACCUCAAGGAUGAUUGCUUGAAAAUCAAUUGCACUGUUGGUGUUGUGUUGUCAGUUAUGGAUUCGCCCAGAUUACACUCGAUACAGGUUCCAGAAUCUGAUAUAGGAAUGCAUUUUGGUAUGCUUCUGGAUAAGCAGGAAGGAUCUGAUGUUGUUUUUGAUGUUGCGGGUGAGAAAUUUCAUGCUCAUAAGUUGGUGUUAGCUGCUCGAUCCCCUGUGUUUAGAGCUCAGUUUUUUGAUGAAUUGGAUUGUGAAAAGAAUGAGAUCGUUGUUACAGAUAUGGAGCCUAAGGUAUUUGAGGCAAUGCUCCACUUCAUAUAUAGAGAUACAUUUGUUGAAGAUGAUGCAUUGAUGGCUUCAAGUUCUCCUGCAUCUUCUGUGUCUGACACUUUACCUGGAAAAUUAUUAGCUGCAGCAGAUAAGUAUGGCUUGGAAAGGCUUCAAUUGAUGUGCGAGUCUUAUCUGUGCAAAGAUAUAUCUGUGAAUUCAGUUGCUAGCACCCUUGCAUUGGCUGAUCAACAUCAUGCUAUGGAACUUAAGGCUGCUUGUCUUAAAUUUGCAGCAGAAAACCUUGCAGCUGUGAUGCGCUCAAAUGGAUUCCAGUAUCUUCAGGACAAUUGCCCAUCACUGCAGUCCGAACUUCUGAAGAUUAUUGGCAGGUUUGAAGAGGAAUGCAGCAGCGGUGGAAAGAGCCGGAGUGUGUGGGCCCAGCUCUCGGAUGGUGGGGAUUCCAAUGGCCGGAGGACAUGGUAGGAUGCACGAGGCUGGAGGAAGAAGUGUUGAGAUCUCUUGAUGCUCAAAAAGAAUUCACUGUCACUCUCUAAGAUCAUUUGGUCGCUGAUAUUACAAAGCAUUAACGGCUUAUGUUUUGCAUGUUUGUAGGAUUGUAUCAUUAUUUUUUAUUGUCAGAUGUCUUUGGAUAAAAUUAUAAUGAAACUUUCAUGUCUGUUUCUUGCAAUAAGACUGCAGAAAUGGAACUGCAAGAAUGCAAAUGAGCACAUAUGAGAUCAGCAACUACCUAGUUUUUUGCUGCUCGCAGUUUUGCCAUCGCCCUGCUUGUCUGGGCUGGAGACACCUAAAAGUAUGCCAACUCUUCAUACGAUCCUUUGAAGACAUCUAAAGGCCAUAAGCACUCCAACAAAAAGCAACGACGGAGUAGAAAUGGAAGAUGAUUUAUAAUGUAUAUUGGAUGACGUGGAUCAACUGAUGUAAAUCAUAGACUGUGAUGUAUAUGGAUGAUAAUUAAUUUACAAUGGGAUGUUUUGUUAUUU